UAAGGUGCAGACUGUCAGUCACAUCCACACAGAGACGCGGUAAUUUAGUGUUUUAGCGAGUCUUUUAUAGAUUAGAGAUGUUUCCGCGUUCUUCUGAGCGACUGGAGAUGGUGGUGGAUAUCUAUGAGAGUGCAGACUCUGUUAGAGGUCAUGACCCCGGCACAGAGAAGGAAGGUGGUGACAUAAAGAAAGAUCCACACACAGGAGGAGACACUGCAGGGGGCAGAUGUUACAGACUGACUGCAGUGUGUGUGGUGCUGCUGUGUGUUCUCCUGCUGACUGCCGUCACAGUGCUGUGGAUCAAAUUCAGCACCCUGAAUACAGAAAACAACAGGCUACAGACCAGAUACAACACCCUGACUACACAGAGAGACCAGUUACAGACCAGAUACAACAACCUGACUAUAGAGAGAGACCAGUUACAGACCAGAUACAACACCUUGACGACAGAGAGAGAGCAGUUACAGAGGGAGAGAGAUGGGUACCUGAGGACAUUCUGUGAUCCGUAUCAGGGGAGGUGUUUCUGGUUCAACUUCAGUUUCUACUACAUGUCUAAUGACAGCAAGAGCUGGGAUGAGAGCAGACAGGACUGCAGUUCGAGAGGAGCAGACCUGGUGAUCAUAACCAGCAGAGAGGAACAGGAGUUCAUUGUUAAACAGCUGGGCCACUUUGAGGCUUGGAUUGGUCUGAGUGACAGAGAAAAAGAGGGAGAGUGGAAAUGGGUGGAUGGUACACCACUGACCACUAAGUACUGGGCUCCGGGGGAACCGAAUGAUGCAGGUAAUGAGGACUGUGCUGAGAUUUACACUUUAAAUGAGGCUGCCUGGAAUGACAAGAAAUGCUCUGAUAAACAACACUGGAUCUGUAAGAAACAUUUUUGUCAGUGAUGUGUAUCAUUUUAUAAGAAAAGCACGCAACACGCAAAUUGAGCCAAAUAUAUCAAAAGUGUAAAAGACAGAAUUUCAAUGAUGAUUGUGUUUCUGUUUCAGUUACUUGUCAUGAAAACUGUUAAACUGUUAAAAUGUUAAAAAACAACAUAAAAUAAAAACUGUAUAGAACAUUUGUGGCAUUACAGA